AUGGCCGCUGCUCCUGUCCACAAGACCGCGGGCGGGAACGCCGCGUUCCACAACUUCCACAAUGACUACGCCCACAUUGCGGACCCCAACGAGCGCAGACGCCUUGCCCUGGCCGAGAUCGACAAGGCUCCCUUUGGCUGGUACCAUGUGCGUGCCAUCGUCGUCGCAGGCAUCGGCUUCUUCACCGAUGCGUAUGAUAUCUUCGCCAUCAACCUCGCCACCCCCAUGCUGGGCGUCGCCUACUGGCACCACAACAAGGGCUCGAUCCCUCAGGAAUCGGACACUGCCAUCAAGGUCUCCACCAGUGCCGGUACCGUCAUCGGUCAGGUCGGCUUCGGUGUCCUGGCCGACAUGGUCGGUCGUAAGAAGAUGUACGGUCUCGAGCUCAUCUUGAUCAUCUUCGCCACCCUCGCCCAGGCUCUUUCUGCUCCCUCUCAGUCCAUGUCCAUCGUCGGCCUCCUGGUUUUCUGGCGCGUCCUUAUGGGUAUCGGUAUCGGUGGUGACUACCCGCUUUCGUCCAUCAUUACCUCGGAGUUCGCUACCACCAAGUGGAGAGGCGCUAUGAUGGGUUCCGUCUUCGCCAUGCAGGGCUUCGGCCAGUUUGGCGCCGCCAUCAUCGCCCUCAUCGUCACCGCCGGCUUCAAGGACUCGCUCGAGACUGCCUCCUCGGCCGCCACCUGCAGCGGCGUCUGCUCGCUGGCCGUCGACAAGAUGUGGCGCGUCAUCAUCGGCUUCGGCGCCGUCCCCGGCUGCAUCGCCCUCUACUACCGCCUGACCAUCCCCGAGACGCCGCGCUACACCUUCGACGUGGCCCGCGACAUCGUCAAGGCCGGAUCGGACAUCAAGGCGUACAAGGCGGGCGAGCACCAGGGCCACCCGGACGAGAUCACGCGCGUGCAGGCCAUGAACGAGCAGGCGCCGCAGCUCGAGGUGCCGCAGGCGUCGUGGCGCGACUUCGUGGCCCACUACAGCCAGUGGAAGUACGGCAAGGUGCUGCUGGGCACGGCGGGCUCGUGGUUCUUCCUGGACGUGGCCUUCUACGGCCUGGGCCUCAACAACUCCAUCAUCCUGACGCAGAUCGGCUACGGCACCACCGGCACCAAGAACAUGUACGAGUACUUCUUCAACUCGGCCGUCGGCAACCUCAUCCUCAUCUGCGCCGGCGCCAUCCCGGGCUACUGGGUCACCGUCGCGACUGUCGACACCGUCGGCCGCAAGCCCAUCCAGCUCAUGGGCUUCACCAUCCUCACCAUCCUCUUCUGCAUCAUCGGCUUCGCCUACCACCAAGUCGGCCACAAGGGGCUGCUCGCCCUCUACGUCCUGUCUCAGUUCUUCUUCAACUUCGGCCCCAACGCCACGACCUUCAUCGUACCGGGCGAGUGCUUCCCGACGCGCUACCGCUCCUCGUCUCACGGCGUGUCCGCCGCCGCGGGCAAAGUCGGCGCCAUCAUCGCGCAGGUGCUCAUCGGCCCGCUGCGCACGCGCGGCGCCACGCCGGGCAACGCCAGCCCCUGGCUCAACCACGUCAUGCAGAUCUACGCCCUCUUCAUGUUCCUCGGCAUCGGCACCUCGCUGCUCAUCCCCGAGACCAAGCGCAAGACGCUCGAGCAGCUCGCCGGCGAGGUCCCCGGCACCCCCGAGUACGACCCCUCCCACGGUCAUGCCAUGCGGGCCGGCAGCAAUGACGGUGAGGCGAGCGAGACGUACGAGAAGGGUGAUGCGGCGUAG